AUGGGUUCCUUCGGCACAAUUUACUCGUACCCGAACAACUUUCGGGUGCAGCGCGCUCUUGUCAUCGCCGCCCUUAACGGUCUUGAAAUCGACGUUCCAGAGUUUCAAUUCGGUCAGGCAAACAAGACACCAGAGUUCCUAGCCAAAUUCCCGCUCGGCAAGGUUCCCGCCUUUGAGGGUGCCGAUGGCUUUACCCUGACCGAGGGCGCCGCGAUCGCCACAUAUCUUGCCGGCAGUGGACCCCGGGCCGAGCAGCUCCUCGGCUCUGACCUGAAGACCAAGACUAAGAUUGCCGAAUGGACUCUGUUCACCGAAACGGAGCUUAACGCUCACGCCACCCCUCCUCUUAUUAUGAUGCUCAAAUUUCAGCCCUUCGAUGAGACGCGGUACAACUUCUCAGCCUCCGCCUUCGAGCGAUCACUGCAAAAAGUCGAGGCUGCGGUGAAGGGCGGCAAGAAGUACCUCGUUGGAGAGCAACUGACGCUGGCGGAUUUGGAGGUCGUGGCUUCUCUGUUCUUUGCAAGUGGUUUCUUGUUGGAUGCAGAGAUGAGGAAGACUGCGCCGGCCACAAUCGAAUACUUGAAGGGAAUUGCAGCAACACCCGAGUUUGCCAAGGUCUUUGGAGAGUACAAGCCUGUUGAGACGCGGGUCAAGGGCGGCGCAUAA